AUGCCCACACCAACCGCCUACACGCCCACACCAGCCACCAACACGCCCACACUAGCCGUCAACACGCCCACACCAACCAUCAACACGCCCACACUAGCCGUCAACACGCCCACACCAACCACCAACACGCCCACACCAGCCGUCAACACGCCCACACUAGCCGUCAACUCGCCCACACCAACCAUCAACACGCCCACACCAGCCACCAACACGCCCACACCAGCCACCAACACGCCCACACUGGCCGUCAACACGCCCACACCAACCGAGGGCACUGACGAGGCUUCCCCACGGUUCAACAAGGCUUCACCGCGGUUCAACAAGGCUUCACCGCGGUUCAACAAGGCUUCACCACGGUUCAACAAGGCUUCACCGCGGUUCAACAAGGCUUCACCGCGGUUCAACAAGGCUUCACCGCGGUUCAACAAGGCUUCACCGCGGAUCAACAAGGCUUCACCGCGGUGCAACAAGGCUUCACCGCGGUUCAACAAGGCUUCACCGCGGUUCAACAAGGCUUCACCGCGGUUCAACAAGGCUUCACCGCGGUUCAACAAGGCUUCACCGCGGUUCAACAAGGCUUCACCGCGGUUCAACAAGGCUUCACCGCGGUUCAACAAGGCUUCACCGCGGUUCAACAAGGCUUCACCACGGUUCAACAAGGCUUCACCGCGGUUCAACAAGGCUUCACCGCGGUUCAACAAGGCUUCACCACGGUUCAACAAGGCUUCACCGCGGUUCAACAAGGCUUCACCACGGUUCAACAAGGCUUCACCGCGGUUCAACAAGGCUUCACCACGGUUCAACAAGGCUUCACCACGGUUCAACAAGGCUUCACCGCGGUUCAACAAGGCUUCACCGCGGUUCAACAAGGCUUCACCGCGGUUCAACAAGGCUUCACCGCGGUUCAACAAGGCUUCACCGCGGUUCAACAAGGCUUCACCACGGUUCAACAAGGCUUCACCGCGGUUCAACAAGGCUUCACCACGGUUCAACAAGGCUUCACCGCGGUUCAACAAGGCUUCACCACGGUUCAGCAAGGCUUCACCGCGGUUCAACAAGGCUUCACCGCGGUUCAACAAGGCUUCACCGCGGUUCAACAAAGCUUCACCGCGGUUCAACAAGGCUUCACCACGGUUCAACAAGGCUUCACCACGGUUCAACAAGGCUUCACCGCGGUUCAACAAGGCUUCACCGCGGUUCAACAAGGCUUCACCGCGGUUCAACAAGGCUUCACCACGGUUCAACAAGGCUUCACCGCGGUUCAACAAAGCUUCACCGCGGUUCAACAAAGCUUCACCGCGGUUCAACAAGGCUUCACCGCGGUUCAACAAAGCUUCACCGCGGUUCAACAAAGCUUCACCGCGGUUCAACAAAGCUUCACCGCGGUUCAACAAGGCUUCACCACGGUUCAACAAGGCUUCACCGCGGUUCAAACAAUAA